AGAGCAAGAGAAAAAAGGGGAACCACCUUACGAAACUCGUCUCGUGAGAAAUUCGGAGUAAACCCUUGUCUGGUGCCCCUGUCCCUUUAUUCGCGAAAUGAUUGUGUUUGAGGUGCGCGCCUAAGAGCACGAAACUUCAGUCGAUGACCACGUGCUUCCGCGCGAAGCAGUGCGUCGCGUGCCCGCGAUUCCCAGUGUCCGCGUACAUUCCGUUGUCGUGGUGUUAAUUGGAAAAUCGAUCGUUUAACUCGCGCGUUUCGUCGGUCCAGCGAUCGUCGUGUUUUCGUCGACAAUCAGUAAUCAGGUCCGCGUAUUCCAGAAUCACGAGAUAUGUCGUAUAUACGCAAGUACUUCAAGAGGACGCCGGUCUACGUCGUGGAGGACCACGAUGAGGCUUUACCGUUUAUAUAUCGGUGUAUGGGAUCGAAGCAUCUGCCCUUCGAAGGUAACACCUUCGUACAUCUGGAUUCACAUCCCGAUAUGCUGAUACCGAAGGAGAUGCCGGCUGAUACGGUGUGGGAUAAGAAUCAAUUGUUCAGCGAGAUUAGCAUCGAGAAUUGGAUUCUGCCUGCAGCGUAUGCGGGUCAUCUUAAGAACCUGAUCUGGGUAAAACCACCAUGGGCGAAUCAGAUGACUGAUGGUGUACUGACGUUCCUCAUUGGCAAGCAAAAGGAGACCGGCUUGAUAAGAUUAACUUGCCCUGAGCCGUACUUCCUUAGCGAAGGUUUAUAUGCGACACCAGAAGAACUCGAAAAUACUCGCGAGAUCAUUCUGCAUGUAAUAACCAUCGGAGCUUUUAUUGAAGAUUCAACAAAGAAAGAUGACUUCACAGCCGUCAGUUCAGCAUUGCGCCAAUAUCUUCCUGAAAAAGACACUCCGUAUAUUUUGGACGUCGACCUCGAUUUCUUCAGUACUAAAAAUCCGUUCAAGGAUCUUCACGAACGCGUAAACCUCUAUGACAAGUUGGCUCCUUUGUUUACAUACAAGAGGACGGAAUCAAAUGAUCCAGAGGUUCUGAAAGAAUCGAUGAUAGAGCGGAACGAACAGCUUUCCGAAUUGAAGAAUCUUUUCAGCUAUUUAGAAGAACAUCGUUCUUUAAAGGGUUACGAAGGUUCGAAGACAUCACGAUACGAAGCUGUGGAUCGGAUUUUUCAAGAAGUAACGAGCGUCUACAGAGAUUCCGAAGUCGAUUGGAUGCUAGUGUACAAUGCAGGUUGCACUAUAGAUGAUACAGUUCUACCCGAGCACGUGACAGAGCCCAACGAUCUCGAUCGCUUGAUCAAUGGAACGUUCAGAUUGUUUUUAACGGCUCUUCCUACGCCUCCAACAAUCGUCACCAUAGCCAGAUCUAGUGAGGACGAUUACACUCCUCUCGAAAAUGUUGACCAAAUUCAAGUUGACGUUCUUGACCAACUUCGUGAACGACUGGGAUCGGAAAUAGAUAUCAAACUGAGUUAUCAAGACGAAGAACAACAAUAA